AUGGCACUGACAAAACAAUACAUGGAAUAUGAAGGAAUGAGAGUCCCUGGUGGUGUUCACACACAUGAAAGCUUAACUUGGGCAUGGAAAGAGUUUGAAACGCGCGAUGAUGAUGUUUUUAAUGUAACUUAUCCCAAGUCAGGAACCACAUGGCUUCAAGAAAUCCUUACCUUAAUUUAUAGCAAUGGAGAUCCAACAUCAGUAAAAACGGAAUUUAGCUGGAACCGUGUCCCAUGGAUUGAACAACAUUCUGGCAGAAAACAAAUUGAGAACAGACCAUCUCCUCGGCUUAUCACAACACAUUUACCUAAAUAUCUAUUUCCACAGUCGUUUUACAAGACUAAGGCCAAGGUGAUCUAUACAGUACGCAACCCUAAAGAUGUGUGUGUAUCUCUCUAUCACUUCUCCUUGAUUGCACAGUUCAUGGAAAAUAGGAAAGAUUUCCAGGAUUUUAUCUCUCUGUUUCUCAGCAAUGAUGUUAUGUUUGGUCGGUGGUUUGAACAUGUGAAAGGAUGGCUGACAAUGAAGGACAAUCCCAAUUUCUUGUUAUUGUCUUAUGACAACAUGAUAAAGGAUCCAAGGAGCAGUGUUGUUAAUAUCUGCAAGUUCCUGGGAAAAGAUCUGGAUGCUGCUGCCAUAGAUUCAGUGGUAGAACAUUCUUCCUUUAAAUCUAUGAAAGAGAACAACAUGUCCAACUACAGUGCAGUCCCGAAUGAAUUCUUCGACAAGGAAAAAGGAUCAUUUUAUAGAAAAGGUAAAGACACUUCAUUGUUUUCAGGUGCUUCUGAAAUGUUAUAG